CAAUUGCGUAUGAAUUAAGUUGGUGGAUUGUUGCCUUCCGUCGUAUCACUUACAAGUGGAAGUGAACAGUGUAAAGUCUAAAAUCGAAUCAUCUUCUAAAUCGAAUGUCUCAACUGGUUAACGUGUGAAGUUUUCAAGCCGCUCACGUUGAAUAUGGUUCCGCUUGCUAGGCCUGUGAUUCUUCUAUUAUGUUUAAUCGUUCUAGUGGCUGUGGUGCGCUCCUGUGAAUUGGAUCAGACCCAUAAUGGAUGUCGCAUCGAAAAUAGGGGUUGCACGUGUGCAUUUGGAUGCAAAUCAGACUAUCGAUAUGCAACUCGGCAGGAAUGUGAGGAUGCUUUAAUGGGUACAUCCGACGACAUAUGCGGUAGACGACCGUGUCUGCAUGGUGGAUCAUGCAUACAAAUUUCACAGAAACCUGGAUAUAAAUGUCGAUGCGAGGGCACGGGAUUCUGGGGUAGUCGAUGCCAAAGACAAUGUCCAACAUCAGAAGAUCCACUGCCAGCACAACUUCCGUACGAGUGCAUUAUUAUUUAAGUGAUUCGAUCAGGUACAACUCCCCCAUUCAUCCGCUUUGCAUUUUCGAACCGGAUAACAUACGCGCGUACAGAGCCUACAUAUAAUUAAAACUUCCGCGCUUCUGCUAUCUCUAUCUUGCUGCCUCUGCACACAAUUCGCUGGCAUUAUGCGUAGUCAUUUCUACAUAUCUUGUAAUAUAUCAGUAAAUUGUAAUUAAAUUUUCAUGUAGGUCAUCGACCUGAUCUGAGUUUUGACGCGAUUGUAAAGCAACGAACAAAGUGGGAUGAUUUUCUUGUUGCAUUAUUUUUUUUUUCUCUCUAAUUAGGAAAUGUAAUUAUAUUAUUAUCUUAUGAAUAAAAACAGAUUUAUUUUUAGCAUA